AUGAUCCCCAGGCCUUACUUCACUAGCGCCGACAGAGACGCUCUACUAGCAGAGAAGGUCAUCAUUAUACAGUCCCAUACCCGUGGUAUGAUAGCUAGAAUACGCUGCCGGCAUCUCCGAAUUGAGAGGGAAAAGUUUGAGAGACAACGACAGCGUGAGGAGGAAGAAGCCAUUAUUGAGGAUGAACAUAUACGUAGACGGGAGGUCGAACGCAGGCUCCAUCCAAGGACAUAUGAUGACUUCAUCACUUUGUACAAUGAGGUGGAGGCAUGGAGACGGAACGAGACAAGACGUAUAAAAGAGUGUGCUCUGUCAAAGGAGGAGCAGCAGGUGGCGUUGAAAGAGUUACUUGACAAGGAAGUCAAACUAUUACAGACAAUAGAUCGAUUGAAGUUACAUGCUCAUAAACACAAUAGGAGCACUAAGAUCGACAGGAAACUAGAGGCUAUGGCUAGACCCAAGGUAUGGACACAGAGUGAUGGUGAUAGCACUCUCGUGUACACACCCUCUACUACUCGGGCCAAGGAGUACAUGGAUCUGUAUAAGGCUCUACGGCUCACAACACUUACUAUCAAUGAGCGAUUGGAUCUACUACUACAUAUUAAAUGGGCUGUGAAGAGCUACCCUUGUGAAGUGACUGCUGCCUUGGCUGAGCUCCUCGACCGUGAAGCAGAUCUACUGAAUCGUGGUAGAGGUAGUCGCAGCUUGAAGGCUUUGCGAGAGAGGAUAUCCAAUCUCUUCUUCGACUACAUCAGCACACCUAAA